AUGGUUGACAGAGUGAUGCUAAAAAAUAUCAUCCACAAGACAUGGGGUUUUCUGAAUCUUUCCGCACAAGUUGAGGAUGGUUCUUCAUCUUCAGUGGCUGUUGAUUCAUCGGGAAGCAAUGGAUUAUCUUCGGUAGCGUCUAGCGAGUCAACCGUAAUAUUAGACGACGACAUUGUGAUUAAACCGUUUUGUCCAACCCCUUGGAUAAACAUGCCUUCCGAACCGAGUACACCUGCUUUUAAAGUUUAUACUUGCACACACUUGUUUUUAAAUCAACCAAUACAUUUUCAAAUAACGACCUUCGAAGAAUCCGCCUUUGUGUGGGUUGGCGCUGAGGGAAAUGAGGUUUUGGGGAAUCUGGCGGUUGCAAUGCCACCUCCGGUCUCAAAGAACAUGUCCUCGGCAACAACCAUAAUGACCAAAAAUAUAGACGAAAGUUCUAAAAAUCUCGGAUGCAGACUUGAUAAUAAAGAAACCAUGCUCAAGUCGGCUACCACCUCAAAUAAUGCAUUGUCGUCGGAAAAUUCCAAGAUUAAUUUUGAGCACGAGAUUUCGCACAAGUUUUUCCGAGCUAUUUCUUGUGAGCCUUUGGUUAGUGAGCAAUCCUCAAGGAUUGAUGAUGUCCCGGACUUUAUUAAACAAACAGGCACCACCAAAAUUCUCUACGAUACACCACAUAAACUUCUAAAUACCCCUCCUUCUCCUUAUGAUCUGACAAUUGCAUCCCUUCUGAGGGCUGGCCUUCAUAUAGGCCAUUCGAAGUCAUUAUGGGACCCUACCACUUCUCCUUUCAUAUUUGGCAUUCGUCAUGAUAUUAGUAUCAUAAACCUCGAAUACACUUUGAUUUAUCUGCGCAGGGCAUGUAAAGUUAUUCGAGAGAUGAGCUAUCGUGGUGGUAUAAUUUUGUUUGUCAACACACGUGGGGGAGGAUUCACGCAGGCAACUAUAAAUGCCGCAAAAAGAUGCAAACAAUACCAACUCACGACCCGUUGGUUGCCCGGCACUUUGACCAAUUCCCAACAAAUCUUAGGUCACCUGACGAAAAAAGAUGACAAGGAUUUGCUUGCAAAAGUGUACACUCCCGAUUUAAUAGUAUUAUUGAAUCCUGUUGAAAAUGAAAUUGUAUUAAGAGAAGCAAGGCAAAGUAAUGUUCCAACGAUAGGAAUUGUGGACACCGAUUUUAACCCGACAAAAGUUACCUGGCCCAUACCGGCUAAUGAUGACUCGGUUAGGGGGGUAGAAUUGAUUGCGGGUGUAUUGAGCGUUUCUGCCAGGGAUGGACUGUUGCACAGAUAUAAG